UAUUAAUCUUCCCCCACUUCCCCGUUGUGUGCAAGGUUUUAGCUCGUAGUAUGUUUUCAUUAUCCUUAAAGAUAAUAUGAUAAUAUCAACUUAAAAAAAUGUGUAUAUAGUAUUAUCAUCAAACAUUUGCACGAAUACGAUCUACUUGUAGAACGGGUCGGAAUGGCGUUUAUUAUUUGCUUCGAAGAUAAUACAAACCCUGCUUUUAGCAGGAAAAGAAAGUAGAACUGAAAAAAAAUUCCUUUUCCAUUUUGUCAUACAAUACUAAAUGCUGAUAAAAGGGCUAAAGCAUAAGCGAUUAUUCCGAGGCAGCCCGAUUCUCUGUUCGAACUACCUACUAAGUAGCAACACUUGCCUUACAUGUUCGCACUAUUAUUGUAUUAGAAAUUCUCAUUAUAAAUGCUAGUCGUAGCUUGUACGGAAAAUCAAAAAAUUUUUGUCGGCCUAGUUCCGCUAGCCAAUUCUCAAAAUUGAACCAAUUUCCAAUUUAUUCUAGGGAUCACAAUCGCAGAGAACGACAUGUUUAGGAACACCGUGCAAUCGGGACUCUUGUCAAUACUUUAUAGCCUUGGCUCGAAGCCGCUUCAUCUUUGGGAGAGAAAUGCCGGCAAUGGACGCAUCAGGCGUAUAAUUGAUCCGGAAAUCGAGAGCGGUGCAUUGGAACUAUCGGGAGCCAAUGUGAAGCACACGUUCAUUCGAUGCCCCAUCGGCCCCGAGAAGAGGUUGGGCAUUAAGCUACCAUUUCUGGUACUGAUCAUCAGAAACAUGAUGCGGUACUUUAUGAUCGAAGUACAGAUUCUGGAUGACAAGAAUGUGCGACGCUGUUUUCGGGCCAGCAAUUAUCAAACCAUAGCACGCGUAACGCCAGCCCUAUGCUCGAUGCCUAUGCGUUUGGAUGACGGCUGGAAUCAGAUUCAGUUAAAUCUGAACGAUUUUACGCGUCGAGCCUAUGGCACUAACUAUGUCGAGACCCUGCGGAUUCAGAUUCACGCCAAUUGCCGAAUUCGACGAAUAUUUUUCGCUGAUCGCCUCUAUCCAUUAGAUGAUCUGCCCCCAGAUUUUAAACUAGAGCUCGCGAUGCCGUUCAUGUACAAGAAACCUGAGAAAAUGUGCACCGGUAUUACCAAAGAGGAAGAGGAAUGGAAGUGAGAGAUAACCGAAUAACUAAAUUCUAGGCACAAACUGCACUCCAACAGCCGAUUCACCACUAUAUGACUAUUUCUUAGUGCAUGCAAUUUUUUUCAAAUUAAAAUUCAUUGCGUGAAUUCUGUAGGCAAGCAAUUCCCAAUUA